GGAAGUGACGAAAGCGCGGUGCGCCUCAGCGUGCGAGUCGAGGUCGCUAUGAACAGUGUCCUGUGCUCACGGGCUGCGGGAGCGGUCCGGGCUCUGCGGCUCGUGGGCUGGGCUUCGCGAAGUUUGCAUCCGCCGCCCCGUGGCCGGUCUCCAGCUCAGCCUGCAGACAGGGAAGAGGAGGACGACGACCCCAACCUCCCGAUCCAAUUUUCCGGCAGCAAAGCCACCCCGAUCCGCUGGACCGUGGAGCAUUCCCUGGGGAAGCCGCAGCAGCGGCCCUGGUGGAAAGUGCUGCCGCUCACCCUCACACUCGUGGCUCUGGUUGUAUGGUGCUACCAGAGGGAGGAGAGCGGCAUGGACCUGUGGUUGAGGCAGGUGUUGGAAGAGGAGGACGAGGAGGAGCCGGAAGGUCCUCCGGAGGAGCUUGAAGCUCCGGCCCUCUACGGGGCUAGAACGUAACAGGGUGCGUGCUGAGGAAGGGACUAGGCAGCCGUCCUUUCGUUGUUGAAUUUGACGAUUUCUGAACUGGUUCUGCGCAUGUCCUCGUUGCUUAAAGGACUUGGAUGGCGCUCUUGGCGCUGAGACACAAGAACACAGCACAAAGUUGGAGGCUUGAAAUCUGAUCUUUGCCGAACACCAAUGCCCAGUGAUUACGUCCAUAGAACUUUUGAGGUUCCUAGAAAAGGUUUUGGGUGCACCUUAUGCUCUUGAGUUAUGAUGUGUUCAUACAGCCUAAUCAUGUUUCCAGCGUUCAUCUGGUGGAGGUGUUACCUGCAGUUCAUUCGCUUUCCGAGACAGACUAACUGCUGAAGUGUAAUUACCUAUAUGUGUGCAACAUCAGUUGAAGCUAUUUUAAAAACUAACAAAUGGAAAAUACAUUUGGUAAAGUCUAAUGAACUCAAUUUUCUCACCUCCCCUUUCAUCAUCAAGUAGGCUUUGGUUUUUUUGUUUUGAAACACAGUCCCCCUAUUUAGCUCUGGCAGGCCUAGAACUGGCUAUGUAAACCAGCCUUGCUGUAGACUUAGAUAUCAGCCUGCUUCCUGCUUCUGCUGCCAUCUUUUUUUUUUUUUUUUUCUCUUCUGCUCUUCAUUCCCACAUGAGAACUUAAAAACUUGACAGAAGUGGUAGGGUAUGCUUGUCAUCUCAACACUUAUGAAACUGAGGCAGGAGGAUCCUAAGUUUGGGGUCUGCUUGGGCUACGUAGGGAGGGCCUGUCUCAAACAAAACAAAACAUCAAUAAUAUAGUGGGUUGGUUUUUUUUGUUUGUUUGUUUCUGUCUUUUUCACAGUGUUGUGAUUGAACUCAGGAGUCUAUUGUGCUAUCCUACCAAUGAGGUCUGUUUCCAGCUCACAUAGAAUUGCUUUUGCAAAAAAAAAAAAAUGUUACAUUUCAUGCAGUGGGUUCUCAGUGCUGCCAGGCUGAUAACUUAUCUGAAGUGAUGUGGGCAUUUGAACUCGUGAGCAGAAUAAGUGGGGACACUCACUACACCUCUGCUUUCUCGUUUUUUUUCUUUCCUUCCCCCUUUCUAAUUUUUCAAGACAAGGUUUCUUUAUGUAGCCCUGGCCAUCCUGGAAUUCUGGCUGUAUCCCUGGCUGGCCUUGAACUCAGAGGCAGAGGCUGCGUCCGCCUCCUGAGUGGUGGGAUCAAAGGCGAGCACCACCAGAUCUGAGUUUCACAUCUAUUUUACGGAUAGGAGAAUAGGUGUGUUAGCUAAAGGGUUACUUAAAUGUUUAUUUUAUUUAUUUAUUUAUUUUUUGUGCUAUGCUUUUCCAAUUUCCCAAAUAGACUGUAGCUUGUGUUUUUCCUAUUGUUUUCAGCCCAAUGAAUUCUCUGGGUGAGUGCCCAGCAAAUAUCAGGUAGGGAGAGGGCCUGUAACUAACUAUAAGCCAGCUGCAUGUACAAGACAGUAGAUAAACUGUUGGGCAGAAAGAAAUGAUUGAAUAAAACAUGUUCUUUUGAGGGAGGAGGAGUUAACGUAACUGACGCUUACAAAAUUAGAUUUACUUUAUGUGUAUGUAUGUGCAUCACAUACAUGUCUGUUGCCUAUACAGGUAAGAAGAGGAUGUCAGAUUCCCUGGAACUGGAAAUACAAAUGGCUAUGAGCAACCAUGUAGGUUCUGGGAACUGAACUUGGGUCCUCUGGAAGAGGAGCCAUUCACUGUGAGCAAUUUCUCCAGCCCCAACAGCCACUUUGUGUAAGCUCUUGAAAAUGGAAAGGCUCAGUAGUGUUGGAAGUGAGCUGUUACACAGAUAAAAACCUGUUAGUUCUGUUCUGAGCCAUAGCCCUCGAGUACCAGCUUCAAUAAAAGGACACGUCUGGCCCUUAUGUGGGUGUCACAGGUGAUGUCUGCAGAGGAAUAAAACACAUCUUUUGAUGAGAGACCUUUGCCCAUGUCCACAGUCAAGGUCGCUGAGUUCCACCAUCACUGCUAUUUGCUCUCUGUCACACCUUACAGAGCCAGCUUCUCUCUCUCUCUCUCUCUCUCUCUCCCUCUCUCUCUCUUUCUCUCCCUCUCUCUCUCUCAGAUUCCUUAGGUUGUCUUGUGUGUUUCUCCAGGCUGGACUUGGGGGUUGACCUAGUUUUCAUUCCCUAUCCCUCAGCAGUCUGAGACACAUUUAUUCCUCUGUAGGUUCCCCUGUCUGCCCUUCCCUGCUUGCUCAUUCUUCUAUUUGAUCUUUGAAAAAACAAUGUUUCUGUUUGCUGGGACUGCCUACAGCUCACUAUCCAUCCACAUGCUUGUGCAACCAUUAAAAUAAGUCCUUUAAACUAAGUUAACUUCAGGGUCUGUGGGCUAGGGGAAAUGCUCAGGGAUAAGUGCUUAGCCGGCAUGGACCUGGGUCCGGGCACGCACAUGGCUCCGGGUUCUACCUCUAGCACCCAAACCAAACCAACUCACUCUCCAAAGUUGUCAACAACUCAAAGAAUUUGUCUACAAAAAUGUCAUAUGAAGAAGUCAGUAAUCCUACCAGCAAAUGGUAAUUUUACCUUACUAGUACUUUAAAAUAUAGCAUACAUACCUGGA